AUGACAAGAGUACCACCGUCUCCACGGAAACGGAAACCCAUACACAUACUCUCCUCCUUCCUUUUCCUUUUCAUCACUGCAGUCGAGUUUUCCUGUGCAAGUUCACAGCACUUCUUGACGUCCGAGCAAACCACUCUGCUUAACCUGAAGCAACAAUGGGGGAAUCCGCCGUCACUGAGGAACUGGAACGCCUCUUCACCGCCAUGCAACUGGACAGGAGUUCACUGCAACGAUAACGGCUCUGUUGAGUGGUUUGAACUCAUGAGCAAGGGAUUAACUGGACAUAUACCGCCGUUCAUCUGUGACCUACCUAACCUGAGAAAUUUGUUUCUCAGUGAUAAUUUCCUCACCGGAGAGUUCCCUACGGUUUUUUAUAAUUGUUCGAAGCUAGUUGAAAUUGAUAUCGCACACAACGGUUUUUUUGGAAGGUUUCCGGAUGAUAUUGACCGAUUAUCAGGACUCAUGUGGAUUGAUGUCGGAGGUAAUAACUUCACCGGCGAUAUACCUCCAGCCAUCGGCAAUUUGUCUGCGUUAAUGUAUUUGUCGUUGGAUAAUAACUUGUUCACUGGUUCAAUCCCGUCGGAGAUUGGAAAUUUAUCUAAUCUGGAAACGUUAUAUUUGAGUUCCAACAAUUUGGAAGGUGAAAUCCCUUCUGGGUUGCUUCUGUUGAAGAAAUUGGAUAGUUUGACCUUGUACAAGAACAAUUUAUCUGGAAGAAUUCCGUCGGUGAUUCAGUCUUUAGAUUUAAUUGAAAUCGAUCUCUCCAUGAACAAAUUGAACGGCUCAAUUCCUAAAGAUUUUGGCAAAUUGCAGCAGCUGGAGGUGUUAAAUUUGUUUUCAAAUCAUUUAUCCGGCAACAUUCCAACAAGUAUUUCACAAAUUCCGACACUGAAGAAUUUCAGAGUCUUCAAAAACAAUCUCGAUGGCGAAUUACCUCAGGAAAUCGGGUUUCACUCGAAGCUGGAAACAUUCGAAGUGUUCGAGAACAAACUAACCGGAAAGUUGCCUGAGAAUUUGUGCGGUGGUGGUACUUUGCUCGUGGUGGCUGCUUUCUCCAACAAUCUCACCGGAGAAAUCCCGAGAUCACUCCAGAGUUGUCACAGCCUUGAUACAAUCCUACUCCAUGAUAACAGUUUCACAGUAUCAUGGAAUUUAUCAAGAUUGGAGAUCAGUGACAACAAGUUCUCCGGCCAAAUUCCUGACAGCAUUUCAUCUUGGACAGAACUGAGUGUGUUCAAGGCUAGUAACAACUUGUUAUCAGGUGAAAUCCCGACAUCAUUCACUUCUCUUUCACAGUUGUCUGUACUUCAUCUUGAUAGGAAUUCACUUUCCGGCGAACUUCCAUCGGAGAUCAAGUCCUGGAGUUCACUAACCACUUUGCAUCUAGCGAGAAACAAACUUUCUGGCCCGAUUCCACAAGCCAUCAGUUAUUUGAAAGGUCUUCUUGACCUUGAUUUAUCAGAAAACCAAUUUUCCGGUGAAAUUCCCCCACAAAUGAGCCGUUUGAGGCUGAGCACUUUAAAUCUUUCUUCCAACAAACUCACCGGAAGAAUCCCAUUUGCAUUCGAUAACCUCGCUUACGAAAAUAGUUUCUUAAACAAUCCCGAUCUAUGUGCUAGUGCUUCAUCCCCAAUCUCAAAUCUCCAUAACUGUUACACCAAAUCCCCACACUCCCAGAAAUCUUCCCCCAAAAUCAUCGCCAUGAUUGUCGUCUUGUCAGCAUUCAUCAUACUUGUCGCCAUUCUGUGCACCAUGAUCGUCUAUAGACUAUACCUCCAGAAGAAACAUAAACACAUUGUGGAUCUCACAGCAUGGAAACUUGUUGAAAAGUGA